AAUACGGUUAACAACCGUUGGAAUCUUCGAUGGAUUAACCUACCCUUAGUAAAAUAAAAGCGUUCUUAUUUUGCCCUUGGCUAAUUACUAGGAUUACUGUUGUGCCCAGACUUUCUUUAUCCACUAUAAAAUGAAUAUUUUGCCUCUAAAACUCUAGCAAAGUUCCAAAAUUAGCCUUGAUAAUCAAGUGUGUGGGGCGGGGGGAUUACACACACCCAGGGAAAUAAUUACGUGCUGAAAGAGCUGUGGACACCCACUUUAGCAAGAAAGAAUCCCUCCCUGUCCCAUUUCCUCUCCUUUUUCUUUUUCCCUCUUUAGUUUCACUCGUAUUUUCCCUCUAUUUUUCAUUUAAGUUGACCCAUGUCUGCAGCGUCAUUGGAGCUAUAGAAGAUCCAGAUACAUGAAAUUGAUUAAGGAGUUGACUAGAACUAUAGAUUUUGAGAAUCACAGAUGGAAUGACAACGAUGGGUUGAAGGUGCUGUGAGUGUGGCCGUUGGCAUGGAAUGGAAAAUGUGGUUCUCAUUUGUUGUGCUUGAUGGAUCUUGGUGGUGUCCAUGCUAGGUUGAGUUUGGUGAUUUAGGGUGUUGCGAUGAAGUUUUUGUGAAUAUUCGUUUGGUGUGAUGGUGUGUGUUUAGGUGUGGUCAGUGCUAUUGAUGAGUUGAUUGGGUAAAUUUGGUAAAUUGUGUUUGAAUUGGAGGAUGAUGGAUAUGCUUAAUGCUUAUGGUCAUGGAUUGGUGGAGGAUCAAUGUAUUCAAUUGCCACCUCAUUCUAUCAAAGCCAUCUCUUCUUGGUGUAUUGGCGUAUAGUAGUUCAAGGAUAGAAUCGACCGACUCUAAUUCCCAAUCACUAAAAUGUGUAUAAAACAUGAGAUUCCAAUAGCUCAUGUUUCUUUGAUUUUGACACUCCAGGAACAAGUUGAUUGAAUCAUCUUUGUCAACUUCAAAAGAGAACAAUUCCAGGGACAAUUCCUUCAAAGGUUGGUCCCCACACCACCUAUCCUGCUAAAACCUCACUCAAUUGCCAAACCCUACCUCAAAUUGCAUGUGGCAUGCCAUUUUUGGUGAAGUCCCUGUGUCGAAUAUGGGUACUAUGUUAAAACUCCUGCUUGAGUGUCAGAUUCCAUCUAUAAAAAACAGUCGCGACACGGUAGAGCUAAAAAAAAAAAAAUGAUUGGCUGGCAAGCACACUACCAUCGAUCUCUUUCAUUAGUCAGGACUGCUUCAAACAAACCUAGUUCACUCUAUCUCUCUCACACUCUCUCUCUUUCUCUCACGGCUUAACUCAAGGCCACUUACAACUGUUAAUCAGCGACUGGCAAGUCGCAUCACAACCAUCCCACCAUCAACUAUUGAAGCACCGCUAUGGCUAAUAAACACACUAUUAUUUUGAUGCAAACUUCCCAGAACAGAGCUACUAGAACAUUUAUGGAUUAUGAAUCAAUUAGUCAAGCUAUGGACGGUAUAUGUGGACUAUAUGAAAGGAAGCUAAAGGAAUUAAAUCCAGCGAUCCGUAACAUCACAUAUGACAUUGCAGAUCUCUACAAUUUUAUUGAUGGCCUUGCAGACAUGAGCGCCUUGGUUUAUGAUCACUCAAUCCAGGGUUAUUUGCCAUAUGACCGAGAGUGGAUUAAACAGCGGACAUUUCAUCAUCUCAAGAAAUUGGCACACUGAAUGUAUUAUGAUGCGGCAGCUUAAGUCUCUAGUUACUGCUAGAUUCUAUGUAGAAUUGGAUCCUGUAUACUGGGAAUGAGUAUGAUGUGUAGCUUUUGAGUUGUAUGUGGGUUUUGCAUCUGAUAUGGAGUUUGGGAGUUGCUCUCUCUUUGUGCACAUAUGUUUGAGAACAAAGGUGGCUUUGUGCCCAAGUUUAAGAUGAUUAGCAAUUAUUUGCUAAUUGGUAAUAUUAUUCUAUAAUUGAAGUA